UUAUAUCCUUCUCUCUGAGAAUAGACUAUGCGAGAUGUGACCCGCAAUGGUCUUUUGUGUUGGUCUCAAUUGCACUUCGUUGAAUAUUUGUCGGUGGUCGUCGCUAUUGAACGCAGCUCCGAUAGACAAUGAGUUUCAUGGGCCUUGAUCUUUUUGAGAGUCACGGUGAAUUUCGUCUUUUCACGUUUCUAGUCCCCUUGACAGCGUCCUUUUGGGCUCCUGCUCUACCAGAUAUCCACCAAAGCCCUUCCCAUCCACUACACAUCUACGCAUACAUCCGAGGUAGAGCCAAACGAUGUCACCACCCCCAUGUUUCGUGCUGGUUGAGAAUUGAAGAACAGCGGAUAAGGAAAGGGCCAUGUGUGUCUGGUGGAUUGAAUCUGACCUAUGUUGCAAUUGAUCGACCCGCCGGUAAUGGUUUCUCUCGUUCACAAGCUCGAACGACUAUGCGCACACGUUACAACAGGCAAGGAGGCGUAGAAUUCGUGAAGGGCUGCCAUGCUCAUUCCGUGGAUUCAUGGAGUUCAGAGCAAUGGUUGGAGCUUAGCGAUUUCUGCAAGAUAUUUCCUGAAUACAAAUGCACCAUGUACGACCGCCACACUUCUACAAAUCAAAGACCUUGGUUCUGCACAAAAGGUCGGCGCAUUAUAGCCAGAAUGGGGUCAGCCACAUCUUGAAAGGACGUCUGAGGCCAAGGCUGGUUGUGAGGUGGGUAACCCCAGCACAUGUUCAAGUUGACGCG